AUGAAUUUAUCGAAUGAAGAUCGGGAUAGCGAACACAGCGAGGACGAUACCACUACAUUUGAAGUUGAUCAUACCGAUUAUUUUACCACUACUCAGUUGUUUGACUCGAAGGAUGAGGUAGUGGUUUGGGUGAGAUGGGGGGUCAGAGUAAUAUACGGGAAGCAUAAUCAUGUUCCGAUAUACAAGUCCGGGCAUGGGAUGAGUGCAUUGUCUCAGGAGGAGGCGAAGAUCAUUAGUGAUCUGUCACAAAGUCAUGUGCCGCCCAAGAAGAUUUUGGCUAACUUGAGACAAAAUGGUUUGGGUCUCGAUGCUUAUUCGAAACAAAUAUACAAUGAGAAGGCGAAAUUGAAAAGACUAUCUAGGGGUGACCGUACAGUGAUGCAACAUUUGAUUGGGUUGCUUGAGGAGCAUAACUAUUACAAGUGGUUCCGUACUGAUGAAACAACACAUGCAGUUACUGAUUUGAUGUGGGCUCACCCUCAAUCUGUCGAAUUGUUAAGUAAGUUUCCCAGUCGCAUUUUUGCGCCAUGA